AUGGAGAGCUGCCAAAUUAAGGGAGAAGUGAAUGGGCUAUCGAUGGCUCCUGGUCAUGAGUUUCGCGAUACAGAGGCAGUCUCCCUCGGGGCGACGCCUUCCCCUCGGGGCACCAAGAGGCAACAUGUUGGCUCUGGCCGGAGUGUGGUUUCCCCGCCCCAGUGACUCAGCAAAUCCGCGCCGCCUCCUCCGCCUCUUAUAAGACCCGCGGCGCCGACGGCUUAGUUCAACCGCUGCCCGGCUUGCAUCGCCAUGGCUGCUCGGCAGGCGCUGAUCGUGCUGGCCCACCCGGAGCGGACAUCCUUCAACUAUGCCAUGAAGGAGGCGGCUGUCGAGGCGCUGCAGAAGUGUGGAUGGAAAGUGACCGUCUCGGAUCUCUACGCCAUGCGCUUCAACCCGGUCCUCUCCCGGGACGACAUCACCGGCAAGCCGAAGGACCCGCAGCACUUCAGCUACCCUGCCGAAACGGGGCUGGCAUGGAAAGAAGGCCGCCUGAGCAAGGACAUCGUAGAGGAGCAAAAAAAGCUGGAUGCUGCCGAUCUUGUCAUCUUCCAGUUCCCUCUCCAGUGGUUUGGUGUCCCGGCCAUCUUGAAAGGGUGGUAUGAACGUGUUCUAACUGGUGGAUUUGCCUACUCCUACACUGCCAUGUAUGACCAGGGGCCCUUCAAGAAAAAGAAGACUCUACUUUCCUUCACCACUGGUGGGAUGGGCUCCAUGUACACCCCUGAAGGCAUCAACGGGGACAUCAACAUCCUUCUUUGGCCAAUACAGAGUGGCACUCUCCAUUUCUGUGGUUUCCAAGUCUUGGCACCCCAGAUCGCUUUCAGUAUUGGCCAUACACCACCAGAGGCCCGCUCCCAAAUCCUGGAGAUGUGGAAGAAGAGGUUGGCCACUAUCUGGGAGGAGACGCCCCUCAACUUUGCCCCAAGCAACAGCUUUGAGUUGAGCUUUGCUGGGGGCUUUCUUCUGAAGAAAGAGGUCCAGGAACAGCAAGAAGAUAAAAAAUAUGGGCUGACAACUGGCCAGCAUCUGGGGAAGCCACUCCUGCCUGAUAAUCAAGUCAAAGCCCAGUAGAAAUAGCAAAUUCUUUUGGGAAAUUGGGAUAGAAAAAAGGCCUUCUGUAAUGAUAUCAGUAAGUUUCCUACUUUCACUUUCUCUGGGUUCAUAGGGUCCCCGUAGGGCAGACUUUCCCCAAACCGGUGCCCUUCUGCUGUGUUUGAUUCCAGUCCCAUCAGCCCAACAGGGAUGAUGGGAGUUGAAACCCAAACUACCUGUGAACACACCAGAUGGGAAAGCUGGUUGGGCACUCUACCAUUAAAACACUUCUUACCUUGUGUAUGUAAUGCAAGGCAUAUACUCCACAAUGGAGCCUGCAUUAUUACUAUUCUGCUCUUUGCAGCAUUAAGAUCCUAGCCUAUAAUCCACAGGUGGGCAGCCACCACAGCCUUUCACAUUCCUCUUUGCAGCCCCCACCUCAGCAAAGAGUACCACCAUACUGCCUUGAGCAACAGAAGAGUUGGCAGGAAGGUCCAACCCCAGAGCAAAGUACCGUACUUAGAGCUUGGGUCUUGCACUUCUCCAAGUGCAUAUGCCUGGAGAGCAUCAUAGGUUGUAUCCAAUGUUAGUGCUACUUGGAGCAGACCCAUUGAAAGUAAAAGGCAUCUUAGGCACACUAAUUUCAAUGCGUCUACACGGAGUAGAAUGUACAGUAGUUGGAUAGAACUGUAUGGAUCCACCUGGCUGCUUUUUGCCAGCUCUGCAGUUUCUUGUCAUAGUAGUCCCAAGGUAGUGGGGGUGGGUGGGUGGAGUACAUUGCAAGAGGCCUUUACUUCAUUAGCAACCACCAAUCCACAAUGGGUAAAACAAGCUACUUGGCAGUCAAUACCGGUACCACUUGCACCAGACUUGAGCUGCUGGAGGAGAGGUGCAGUGGCAACCUGUCUGAAGACAAAACAAGCCACAGAUGCAGCUGAAAAGAGGGCAGCUGGGAAGAGUGGUGAAGACAACUGGGCUCCCACCUUCUCCAGCUGGAAUCAGCCACAGCACAGAAAGGCAGGGGCAGAGUUGCCUGGCAAUAAAUGAUGCUCCAGUGGGUGGG